CUCUCCCUUGUUUCCUUCCUGCUUGUUUCUCUUGUGGGACUGGUGCAUUUGCACACACUCGCGAGCUUUCCUCCACUCCCCCCCCCUUUUUUUCCUCUUUUCACAACAACAACAACAACAACAACAAGGGAGAAGAAGAAAACAUUUGAAUGGGAACCUCUCCAGUGCAAGCUGCAUUUGGGAAAGAGGAUUGCAGAGCUGGUCUGGUCCUCCCCCCUUUUUCUACAAAGUGCCAGUUCAAAGUUCACCAAGCAUCACUCCUCCUCCUCCUCCUCCUCCUCCUUUCCCCCAAAAAAGUGCAGUAUUUUUUUUAAUGCAAGAUGGCGGACUUGUACUGAACAGGCAGAAAGCUAACAGGCAGCCUUUACGCAUUGCAAAGAAUAUCUAAUACUACCAUCCUGGUGGGUGUGCAGAAGAAGAUGAACCUCCUUCUGUCCAUAGGAAGAGAUGGAGAUAAAGAACUGGAGUCUCUGAGGAGAAUUACAAUUAGUGUAUAAUUGGAGGAGGUCAUCGGCCUCUGAAGACACAUCUGGACACUGUGACAGGUGGCAGGCGCAGAUGUUAAGAAGUGGUUGCCCGUUCUUUAACCCCUUGGACUGCAAGUUACUGUUUUACCUAGUUGCACUAUAAAAAUGCUGCUAACGGGCUAAUUGCUGAGAAGUUACCAUGCAUUGAUGUAGCAUCAAAAGUCAAGCCUCAGGAAGCGCCUGAAGGGACAGGAUCCGCCUCCGUGUUGCCAGUUUGUGUUUCCACUGCAAUAGAAUGGCAAGUAAGCGGAAAUCCACAACGCCCUGCAUGGUCCUAGCAAGCCAGCCGGAUCCGGACCUAGAAGUAGCAUCUGAUGUUGAUGAAGGGCCACCUGUGCUCACCCCAUUAGGUAGCAUGUCAAGCGACGAGGACUUUCACGAGUACGUGGACUCAGACAAUCAGCAAAACAAAAAAAUCGAAGGUGGCUACGAAUGCAAAUACUGCGCAUUUCAGACUGCAGAUCUCAACAUGUUUACUUUCCAUGUGGAUUCUGAGCAUCCUCAAGUGGUGCUGAGUUCCUCCUAUGUCUGUCUCGAAUGCAAGUUUGUGACUAAACGGUAUGAUUCUCUUUCUGAGCAUAAUGUCAAGUAUCACCCUGGAGAGGAAAACUUCAAGCUGACUAUGGUGAAGCGCAACAACAAGACAAUCUUUGAGCAAACUGUGAAUGACCUGACGUUCGACGGCAGUUUUGUGCAGGAGGAGAAAGCUGAAGAAUUUGAGUGUUUUGAGGGUCCCUUGUCCAGCAUCUCAAUUAGCAAAACCCCAAUCAUGAAAAUGAUGAAAAAUAAGAAUGAAACCAAACGAAUUGCUGUUUUCCACACUGCAGGAGAGGAAGAUCUGGUGGAGGAAAAAGAUGCUGAAACGGACCCAGAGUGUGAAGAAGUAAUUGAUAAACCAGCCACGACGGUCUCAGAGUCCAGUGCAAAUACUACGCUGGCUGCAGAAACAAUCAGCACAGUUGUAAAUCCUACAACUGUGGUUCAACCCGCACAAGUGAUAACUACCAUAGCCUCUCCGCAGAACUCAACCUUAAUUUCUAAAGUCUUGAUCCCCAUAAAUAGCAUUCCAGCCUACAACACUGCUUUGGAUACCAAUCCACUGUUGCUUAACACCUACAACAAAUUCCCUUACCCAACGGUAUCUGAAAUCACGCUUCUAGCAACUCAGGCGAAAUAUACUGAAGAGCAGAUCAAGAUCUGGUUCUCUGCCCAGCGCCUGAAACAUGGGGUGAGCUGGACUCCAGAGGAAGUGGAAGAAGCACGGAGGAAGCAGUUCAACGGGACUGUGCAUACUGUCCCUCAGACUAUUACGGUUAUUCCGGCGCACAUUUCGGCCGGUAGCAAUGGCCUGCCAUCCAUUCUGCAGACGUGCCAAAUUGUUGGCCAGCCAGGCCUAGUGCUUGCGCAAGUAGCAGGUGCUGGGACACUUCCGGUGACAGCCCCAAUAGCUUUGACGGUGGCAGGAGUCCCAAACCAUGCCCAGUUGCAGAAAGCCCAGGUCCAAGCCACCCAGCCUGUCACUGAAACCAAGCAAGUUGCUGCUGUCCCCGCCCCACAGCUUACCAAAUCGGAGGUGGUGGCAGCCAGCAUUGACGCAGUUGGAAGCCGUACAAAGAAGACCAAGGAGCAGCUGACGGAGUUGAAGAUCAGCUACCUGAAAAGCCACUUUCCUCUAGAUUCCGAGAUCAAUAGACUCAUGAAAAUCACAGGCCUGACAAAAGGAGAGAUCAAAAAGUGGUUCAGCGAUACCAGGUACAACCAGCGGAACUCAAAGCACAACCAUUACAAUCAUCUCAGCAACGAUUCUUGUACUAUCAUCAUCGACUCAAGCGAUGAAACCAACGAGCCCCCAACAUUGACCCAACCCCAGCCCAAACAAUUGUGGAAUGCCUCUGAAUUUAGCCCCCAAAAAUUCAAGGAGAAGACGGCUGAGCAACUCAAAACACUCCAGGAGAGUUUCCAAAACAACCCUUUCCUAACUGAUGACGAACUGAACAGGAUACGGUCAGAAACCAAGUUGACUCGGAGGGAGAUCGAUGCUUGGUUUGCCGAACAGAAGAAAUCCAGCGCCUUAGGGGAUGAAAGUGAGGAACUGAAUGAAAGCAACAUGGGGAGCAUGAAGGAAGCAUCGCUUGCAGAGUCAUCUGGAGGGGAAGGAGUUGGGUCACAAAGGGCUGGGAAGGGGGUGAAGAAGUCACCGGAACAGUUACAUAUGCUCAAAAUGUCCUUUAUCAGGACUCAGUGGCCAUCUGCGGAAGACUAUGACAAGCUGGCAGAAGAAACAGGGCUUCCUCGGUCAGAGAUUGUUAGUUGGUUUGGAGAUACCCGUUAUGCCUGGAAAAACGGCGGCUUGAAAUGGUACUACUACUACCAAGGGGCCAAGGCGAGUGGUAUGAAUGGCCAAGGCUAUUCCAGGAGGAGAGGGAGGGGAAGACCAAGAGGAAGAGGGCGGGGAAGGCCCCGGGGGCGACAGAGGCCUAACAAGCGGAUCAAACACUGGGACAGGACGCCCGUCAUUAAGUUUAAAACUGGAAAAGCAAUCCUUAAGGAUUAUUAUCUGAAACACAAGUUUCUUAAUGAACAGGACCUUGACGAGCUGGUUGCCAAAUCGCACAUGGGAUAUGAGCAGGUCAGGGAAUGGUUUGCGGAUAGGCAGAGAAGAGCUGAACUAGGUCUGGAGCUGUUUGAGGAAAAGGAGGACGAAGAGGAGGAGGAGGUUCUGGAUGAGCAGGAAGAAGAAGACGAGGACGAGGAUGACGAAGACACAGAUGACAGUGACAAUUGGGAACCCCCUCGGCACGUUAGGCGUAAGCUCUCAAAAUCAGACUGACAUGUAAGUUUUCAUAGGUUGUGGGAAUGUCAUGUCGCUGUGUGGUGCCAAAUGACUGGUGCUGACUCUCCAGUUCUAGCGGCCACUUUAGAAUUCACUUCACCCAGAAGGAGGAAACGGAUUGCUUGCUUGUGCGGCAAAUGCACACUUAUGUUCCUCGGUGAGCAGGGAUGGAAAAAGCAAGGUCAGGAUUUGGAAUUACAAACGUCUCCAUCGAUUCGGCUCUCCUCCGCAUCUCUGCUGAUAGGGAUGCAUUGUGUAAGAGAUGCUGUGUUUUAUUGCCUUACGUUUUGAUUCCAAAAAUCUCUUUUAAGGAUGGAGAAGCAUGGAGGGUUUUUUUUCCCUGGAAAUUAUUUUGUUUUCUUCCAAAUGCAGAAGGAAAAUAACUGCAAAAUGAAAAAAGCACUGACUGUUGUAAAACUGUGUGUUGGUUUUCCUCCCUCCAAGCAUUUAAGAAAAGUUUCAGAAGAAAGCACGAUGGGUUGGGAUAAAGGAUACCAAAGGACAGAAUCCGUAGAGGGGUGACAAUUGCUUGAGGUCUGUGUGUGUGUACGAGAGUGUGCAUGUUUAGGGCAAUAGAGGUAAGGAAUAUCUCUGUUACGUAUGGAGCCUUUGUGCUAGGUUUACAGAAGUCCUAUUGAAUGUGUCUCUCUAGCUGUGUCCAGGGGGCUUGGGUCUAAAGUAUGUUUUUAUAUUAAACUUAAUGAGUGUGUAUCAGAUGUGAACACUAGACACCAUUAAUGCAGCCAAUACCAAAA